AUGAAUGUAGAUAAAUGGCGCGAUGCUCUAGGAGCAAACCAUCUUCUACCAGAGUACCAGGAUGUGAUAGACGGAUUCACGCACGGGUUCGACCAGGGUAUACCUCAACACACAAUUGAGAAGAAGCGUUGGUUCACGCCAGACAAUCAUAAAUCCUCACUUUUAGCCAAAGAUAAGAUUCAAGAAUCUAUUGCCAAGGAAUUAGCCGCAGGAAGGAUGAAAGGGCCUUUCUCUCAUCAUCAAAUGGAAGCAACGUUUGGUUUCUUCCGGUCAAACCCUUUGGGAGCAGUGGUUAAUGGAGAUGGGAAAAUCAGACCAAUCAAUGAUUUAUCCUAUCCUAGAAAUGACACAGAUGUAAAAUCGGUCAACUCUUACGUGAAUAAACUCGAUUUCGAAACGACGUGGGACGAUUUCAAGACAGUAUCAAAAUUCUUCGCAGAAGAUAGGCGGAAAUUCGAACUAGCACUUUUUGACUGGGAAGGAGCUUACAGACAGAUACCAACUAGGCGAGAUCAAUGGAAAUAUCUACUCGUACAAGACUUCGACGGAAAUUUAUUGAUAGACACAAGAAUCACUUUUGGUGGUGUCGCUGGAUGCGGUUCCUUCGGUCAUCCAGCUGACGCUUGGAAACUAAUAAUGAAGAACCACUUCGACCUAGUCACCGUUUUUCGAUGGGUUGACGACAAUCUGUUUGUAAAAGAAAUCGGAGUUGAUCUGCCAAUGAAAGAUAUAGUGCUGAAAUCGACUGAACUUGGAGUCAUGACAAACAUCAAAAAGUUCUCAGAUUUCUCAACCGAGCAGAAGUUCAUAGGUUUUGUGUGGGACGGGGUGAAUAAGACAGUACGGUUGCCGGAAGGGAAAAUCGAAAAGAGGCUAAGUCAGAUAUAUCCAUUCCAAGUACCAAAGGCUUCGUUCGACUACGAGGACGCAGAAGUGCCAUCUGUGCUCUUUAUAUCGCUGGUUAAAAUCGUGGAUCUGGAGGAAAGCAAAAGACCAACCCCGGUAGACGUGCUCGAAGACUUGCAAAUCUGGGUAGAAACAUUGGGCAAUUUCGAACAUACACGUCUAAUAAGAUGGGGACCACCUUUAGAUGUGGGAUGGGUGGGAGACGCAUCCACCUCUUUUGGCAUAGGAAUCUUAAUCGGGAAACAUUGGGCUCAAUUCAAACUAGUCGACCCGCAUUCCAACAAGAAACGAAUCUCACUAUUGGAAACAAUAGCGAUAAGGCUUGGUCUCAUAAUGUUAUUAAAACUUCGUGAUCAACGUGGUAAAUCUCUCAUAGUUUGGACUGACAACACAACCACAGAGAACAGCAUCAACAACAUGAAAACAAAAGACAAGGACGCAAACGAUGAAUGGAAAAAGAUACAGAAGAUUUUGUUGACCGAAUCAGUGAAUUUGAUAGCAAGGAGGGUUACGUCAAAGGAUAACAAGGCAGACGCCCUGUCGCGAGGACUGCGGUCAGGCCAGCCUGUAAAGCACCAGGUGGUCAUACAAGUACCGUCGGACCUGCAAGACCUAUCAACUCUCAAAAGCUAUAACUCGGCAGUUAGGAAGUUUCUAGCCUUUAAAAAGGCCCAAGGCCUACCAACUUUCCUUCUGCCGGCCACCGAGGACGACAUCUACGAGUUCUGCUACUGGGCAGGGAAAACGGAUGUCGACGGAGGCGAAAGUGGCGUACUCGCGGUAACACUAAAAAAGUACCUACAGGGCUUGAAAGCUUGGCAUAUUUUCCACGACUCGCCGUACCCGGUAAUCUCCGAAAGGAAAGCGGCCCUAUUGCUAAAGUCGUCAUUAAAAGUAGAAACGUUGACACCGAAGAAAGAACCCAAAAAGCCUGUGUUGAUUAAACACUUGGUCACCCUGGCAAACGACCUAUCUUCAGGUAGUUUGGAGGAUUCCGCGAUCCUCGACCUGGCGCUGGUCGCGUUUUGGAGCCUAGCCCGACUAGGCGAGUUGACGACGGACCAAGCCACACCGCGGCGCAAGAUCCUCAAGAGUCACGUCUCCAUCGAUUCCGCAGGCACCUCCGCAACAAUCGAACUCAAGCAAUCCAAGACUGCUCUACCAGGAGAGUCCCAGUUCCUACAACUCAAAGGGAUGCCAAACAUCCUCUGCCCGGUGCGAGCCCUAACUCGUCGCUUGGCGACCUGCGGACAAAGCAAUCAUCUGUUUGGCUACCGGAAUGGCGACAGCCACGUAAGUCUGACGAAAUAUUUUGUGAGGAAACGACUCGCGGCAGUGUGGGCAGCCCACGGUUUCACCGGCCUUUCCGGCCAUUCAUUCAGGGUCGGAGGCGCUUCUUUCCAUAACGCGGUGGGUAUUGCCCCCGCUCAAAUUUGCAAGGUUGGGCGCUGGGCGUCGGCCAGCUAUAAAUUAUACAUUAGGGAUUAUUCGGAGAAUGAUCUGCUCAUUUCAUUACAGCUGUUGGCUAGAUUAGAUUUGCAAUGGAGAUUGUCUUGA